AUGGAAAGCACGAAACUGCGGUUGUGGAAAGAAUGGGUCGCACAGCAACAUGACCUUAUCAAUACAUAUGGUGAGCAGGAGUGGUUCCAACAUUUGUUGAAUAAUGCAGACGCGGCGACAGAAUCGCAAAAAGGCGAAGUACCUGGAGUGGAAAACGACUUAGAAGUGGACACAGUAAUGGCCGCAGAAGAAAUGCUACGAGUGAGAGAUGUACCGCGGACGCAACUGCAUCCGCAACCUUACAUGAAAAAACCGUUAACUGCUAAAACAUGGAUACUGAUCCUGGCAUUAGUCAUAGAACAGUGCGAGCUCGAAUGUCGUUUGCAGGAGACGGAGUUAUAUGUGGAUGAUCUAUUGGACACGCUCUGA